GUGAUAUGUGUUGGUGCGGGCUGUCUGGUGUCUUGUUUGUGUAAUCACGCGUUGCGUUUGCGCUGGUUUGCGCGUUUUCUAUCGUAUCUUUCUAUCCGUUGACGCCGACGAUGAUCGAGGCCGAUAAGAUAUUGUAUUUGAGAAGAUAUUUGACACUCAUCCGCUCGCAGCUGUAUUUGUCGCGAUGCGGAAUAACUAGUCGUUCGCCGCAAUACGGAGGUUAUGUUCUCGAAUACGUGCAUCCUCGGAAUCUACGACCAGGCAUUUACAUCGCAGCGGAAAGGACAUAUGGUACAACGGUGCCGCAGUCAUCACAGUCCGACGUCAUUGAUCAUAAACUGAUGUCAUUUUGUGACGAUGUUAAAAAAGGCCAAGUUUUGGUAGAUGGUCUGAAGGAGGUCAUCAGUCUGUGUAGCAAGAACGACUAUCAAUUGCCUCACGAUAUUGGCGUUUUGUUGCUCAAAUGCUGCGGCAAUCUACUGCACGAAUUAGAGACAGCGGAAAGGAAUCAUCUAGCGAGCCAGGUAUGGCAUUUGGCAAAGAAGAAUGGUGAAGCAAUCACUUUGGAAUAUUACAACACUUUGCUAGGUGUUAAUGAAGAGAAUUCUUUGUCUGUGAAUCCCAAGAAGUUUUUAGCAGACAUGAGUGUGGAGCCAGACGAAAAUACUUAUCGUUUGCUGUUGAAUACAGCCAUAAAAACGACUAAUAGUGAACACCUAUGGGAUAUCUUAUCUGUUACAAAGGAUAAGAGUGUAACCAUCUACGAGGAGGCGGUCAACGUGUUAAUACAGAUUUACAUGACAGGGAACAAUAUCGCCAAAGUCGAGCAAAUGAUAACACAAAUGCGGGAGGCUAAACUACCCACAACCAAGGCAUAUACCGAGCUGGCAUGUGGAUACGCGAGACUUGGCGAUAUUCCGAAUCUAAUCAAUAUAUUAAACGAAGAGCCACAGGACAACGCGAAUCUUUUGAGGAUAAUAAAGAUUCUGAGCGUAUCCAACAACAGCAGGCAUAUCCCAGUUAUUUUGAAUUUUCUAAUGACCUCUGUACCGACGCUUCGGACUGAGAUCUCCAAGAUGAUCACAGAACUGAUACGUGCCGAUCAAGUUGCGGACGCUCACACUAUCAUAAAUUGUAUUGCGAUGAACAAUGAGAUGAAGGAGAUUGUGCCGAGUUUUAUAAAUAGUUUCAUGAAUGAAUUAAUAAUAUUAAAUGCGCCGAUUGACGAUAUCGUUAAGUACGCAAACGACUUUGUUGAAUCCGGUUGCAGCCAACAAGCAUUGUUCGAUGUAGCGGAGAUUGGUUUGAAGUUGGGUAGAAAGAAAUUAUGCCUUGCGAUAUUUCAGAUGAUGAGACGUAAGAAUAUAGAGAUACGACCGCAUUAUUAUUGGCCUUUACUGGUAAAAGCGCAUAAUAACAAGGGAGAGGCUGAGAUAUAUUCACUUGUGAAAUCUAUGGUGAACGCUGGUCUAAAAAUAGAUUCCGACACACUAGUUCAUUACAUAUAUCCAUAUGUAAAUACUACGAAUCCGACUGUCACUUUACAGAAACUAUUACUGAAUGACGUAUCGAGUGCUAUCACAUUUACGCCUUUAUUAUCUUUUCUGCUGCAGCAAAAUCGGCUGCAGGAUAUAGUACCACUGUGCACGUCCCAUAUACACAACAAGAUAUACUAUAGGGAACUAAUGAAACCGCUAGUAAACGCUUAUAUCGUCACUAAAGACUUCAAAAAUUGUAUUGCUUUAUUGACGGCAUUUCCACAAGGUCGAGAUUUUAUCGGUCUGUUUUUGAAAUCAUUGAUAAAAGUCGAAUAUCCAAUUUAUAUAGAGGAUCUACAGCUUCUUCUGGAAGAAUUAAUAACACGUGAAGUAAAGAUAUCACAAAUGGAUGCAAACAUUCUCAAGGACAGACUAAAAACAAAUGAAAAUUUUAAUCUCACUCCAAAGGUGGUGAAUCUAAUAGAAAAUUUAGUUGAUCCUUCUAUGAUAGAUUUGCAGGUCAUGUCACACCCGAGGUACAUGAACGCCAAAGAAUUAACAUAUUACUUAAUAGAAGUGAAGAGUUCCACUAAUUCCGCCUACAAAGACUAUAUUAAGAACAUUUUGCAGAAAUUACUGAUCUCAUAUUGUUUAGAGAACGAUUUAAAAAAGGUUGAAGAGAUAAAACAAGAAUAUGAUGCAUGCCAGUAUGAAUGGACGCCUAGCAUAAAGUCGAUUUUAUUCGAAUUGUAUCUCAAGAACAACAAAUUGAAUGAGGCUGAAGCACUGCUACCCGAAUUGCAAAUUACACCUAAUAAAAUUCAGAUUGACAGAAACAAAAUCGUGAUGUACGCUACCGCAUUGGUGAAGGCAAAUAAGCCCACAAAGGCUCUUGAUAUUAUCGAUACAUUCAACGCCAUUGAUUUUAAAACAAACGCGCAGACACAUUGUUGUACACUUCUGCAAGUUCUAGCACAGAGUCAGUAUCACAAUUGCACGAAGGAUAUGUUAAAUUUGCUUCUGAAAAAAAAUUACUGUAAAGUAACCACGGAGCUACUAAAACCACUGAUGGCGAUACCAUUAAAACGCAACGAUAUUUUAGAAGCAGAGACUGUACUUGCAGAAUGCGCGCAAAAAUUUCACAAGGCACCUUUGAUAUUGGAAGUAUUGACAAUAUUGUUGGAACAAAAAUACAAUUCAAAAUUGCAAAAUGCGAAUAGCAGGAUAGAAAACGUGUACAAUAUAAUAAGUACUAUUUAUUCUGGUCAAACAGCAAACACGAUACUGGCGAUAGCAUUAGCAACAUUGGACAAAACAGAGAAACUAAAAACUUUAUUACAGGAUUGCCAACUCUCCAUGAAUUGCCUUGUGUACUAUCUUAGUAACAUAGAAAGUAACAGAAGUAUAGAUGGCUUACAAAAUAUUCUUAAAGUAACCGAUGCAAAUGGUGUGAAUCAAAACGUGAUGUGUGAAAUUCUCCUUUCUACUUACGAUAAAAUGGGAGACUGCAACCGUGCUUUAGAAUUGUGGAAAAUUAUGUGCACAAAGAAUAUCAAACCUACCAAACAGUUCAAGAAGAGUUUUACUCAAUUUUUAUUGUCAAAUAAUAUUUCGCUCCCUCCAGAAUUGAACAGAAUAAAAAUGAAAUAAAUUAGUGAUU